AUGACCCGGCAUGAGGUCGGCGACCGCUUUCGCUCCGCAACGAGCAGCAGCGCCGACAGCGCCCACUCGGGCGUCACCGUAACACCCGUCUCCUCGUCAUCGCCCUCCGCCGCCGCUGCCGCCUCUGUGUCUGCCGCCGCCGCCGCUCGACGCGAGGCCGACGAGCGAAGCCAUCGUCGCAUGUCCACCAUACCCAGGCUCUCCAGCAAGCAGCCUGGCCCUGCUCCCUCCUCCUCCUCCAUCAUGACGCCGAUCUCGAGCUCGACGCCGCCUGCUGCUGCGUCCACCGCACCGAAUGCCACGCCCGCCGGCUCGCCUGCCGCCGCGCGAAGUGCUGCCGCGCCCAUGGCCAUCUCGACGACGCCUUCCUCUUCGUCUUCACAUGCGCCCAGCGCGUCCCGACGAAACUCCCGCCGCAUCAGCGACCUGCGCGACUACCGCCGCGACCUCGCCGUGCUCGACUCGUCCGGCAACCGCCUCCCCCAGAUCCAACACAGCCCGCCGUCGGGCCACCCAUCGUCCAUGGCCCAGGUCGCGCCCUGGAUGACGAGCGGCGGCGACGAUGACGGCAUGUCGCCUUUCGCAGGAGGCGGCGGCGGCGGCCCUCUGACGCCCCAGGACGGCCCGAUCCCGACGAGCUUCUACAACGACUCGAGCGACAACCUCUCGUCCGCCCUCGCGUCGCCCCUGUCGCCCGUCUUCCGACAACCGGCCCCCAUACGCCCCGUGCCGUCCUUCCCGCCGCACGACGCGCAGCACGACAUGGCGCCCUUUGACAACGACGACAGGCGGCCCUCGCUGGCGAGCAUCGCCACGUCGAGCAGCACGGGGUCGCGCAACAGCGGCGUCCGCCGCGGCGGCAUGCAGAAGCUGCAGGGCUUCUUCGGCGAGCAGUUUCCCGGCCGCGACGGCUCGGAGACGAGCCUGCAGUCGUCCCUCACAGGCGCAGGCACAGGCACAGGUACGGGCACGGCCACGGGGAAAGAUCGAUCGCGGUCCUACAGCCACAGCCGCCCCACGAGGGAACGCAACUACUCCAACGCGACGGACCACACGCGCGACGCCUCGCCUGCCUCGUCGCGACCGAGGACACCGGUGCCGGCGCCUGAGGUUGUUCCUUUCCUCUACCAAAACUCGGAUGACAUCGCCAGAUACGGCGAAGCGCCCGUUCGAGAAAUCCUGUCCGGCCCCGAUCGCGAACGCUACAUCAACAGCGAGGACCCGAACAGCGCACAGGGCCCACCAAAGACAUCCUCCUCCAACCGCUCCGGCCAUUCCACCACCAAGGGCACCUCGCAUCACCACCGGCACAACCGAAGCAUCGACGAUGGCCGCGCCUUGAGGCCCAUGGCCAGCAGGGAAGAUUCGCAGGCCAGCCUGCACGUGCAGAACGUGCGGGAACGAGGCGGAUCCGCCGCCACCGUCUUCUACGGCGCCAGCGCGUCGUCGCGCGCCCACAGCCCGACCCCGAGCGGCAUGAGCAACACGGGCUACUUCAACCCUAGGGCGGGAUCGACCCCCGACGGCCAGACGUCGCCGAACAACAGCAACAGCAACAACCACAGCAGCACGAAAAAGGGCAUACUCGGUCGCUUCCGGCGGCACAAGGACAAGGACAAGGAGGACGCCACGGCGCGCCUGCGCUCGACGCCGACGAACGACUCGUCGCGCUCUCUCGCCUCCAAGGCCUCGCGUGCCGACGUCGCGCGGGGCGCCGGCGAGCAGCAGGCUGCGGCUACCUUCCCGCCCAACUGGCCACCCGCGACCGACCAGUUCGGCGCACCCCAAGAUGGCCGGCCGCCGCAGCCGCGCGCGGCGACCUUCAACAACAAGUUCCCCUUUGCCAAAAAGGGUCGUGUCAUGCGCGGCGUCGAGGAAGACAUGAUCGGGCCCACCGAUCGCCGAGAGGGCGGCCGCGCUGGCACCGUCUUCCAUCUCGACACGAACCUGAACGACAUGGAAGGCAUUCUGACGAAACCUCCCCCCCUGACCCCCAUGGACCACACCUUUAUCACCAACAUAGUCGAUCCCGAACGCGUCGAGAACCCGGCCACCGGCACCGCCUCGGCGCACGACCUCGUCAAACCGCCCACGUCCGACGCCGCCGCAACCGCGACCGCCCCCGUCACGAUAGCAGCCGCCAACGCCACGGCGGCGAACCCCUCGACCGCGCCCAACGCCAACGGCUCGUGGAACGCGCCCGACAGCUGGGCUGUCCGUCGCAACACGGAGGACAACACGGACCAGCAGCCCGACGUCGACGACAUCGGCAGCCCGCCGCGCGCCGACGAGAAGAUGGCGCCCUACUGCAUUCGCAUCUUCAAGACGGACAAUACCUUUUCGACCCUGUCCAUGCCCCUGGACGCCGCCGUCGCCGACGUCAUAUCGCAGAUUAUCAAAAAGUCGUAUGCGCAGGAGGGCCCGGACAACUUCCAGAUCACGCUGAACAAACACGGCCUGGUCCGUGUCCUCGCGCCCGCCGAACGGCCCAUCCUCAUGCAGAAGCGUUUGCUGCAGCAGGUCGGUUACGAAGACAAAGACCGCAUAGAAGACGUCGGACGGGAGGACAACAGCUACCUCUGCCGCUUCAUGUUCCUCUCCCAGAAGGACAGCGACUUCCACUCGCUGUCCAACGAUCUGGGCUUGGGACGCAUGGCGAAAUACAACCACGUCGACCUGUCGGCGCGGAACCUCGUGACCAUUCCCAUCAACCUCUACUCCAAGGCCGCCGAGAUCAUCUCCCUCAACCUCUCGCGCAACCUCUCUCUCGACCUCCCGCGCGACUUUAUCCAGUCGUGCCAGAACCUCCGCGACAUCAAGUUCAACAACAACGAGGCGCGGAAGCUGCCGCCGAGCCUGGGCAAGGCGAGCAAGCUCACCUAUCUCGACGUGUCGAACAACCGCCUCGAGCACCUCGACCAUGCCGAGCUUCACAACCUCACGGGCAUCCUCAAGUUCAACCUCGCCAACAACCGCCUCAAGUACCUGCCGUCGUACUUUGGCGCCUACCAGUCGCUCCGCAACCUCAACAUCUCCUCCAACUUUCUCGACACCUUUCCCCAGUUCUUGUGCACGCUCGACAGCCUGGUCGAGCUCGAUCUCAGCUUCAACUCGAUCGGCAGCCUGCCCGACGACAUCGCCAACAUGCGCAGUCUCGAGAAGUUCGUCAUCACCAACAACAGACUGAACAACGCGCUGCCGCCGACCUUCAGCCGCCUGUUCAUGCUGCGCGAGCUCGACAUCAAGUACAACGCCAUCACGAGCAUUGCCGUCAUUGCCGACCUGCCGCGUCUCGAGAUCCUCUCGGCCGACCACAACUCCAUCUCCAAGUUUACGGGCACGUUUGAGCGGAUUCGGAGUCUGAAACUCAACUCGAACCCCAUCGCCACCUUUGAGAUUGUCGCGCCCGCGCUGACCCUCAAGAUGCUCAACCUGUCCAACUGCCAGCUCGCGAGCAUCGACGAGUCCUUCCACCACAUGCUCAACCUCGAACGCCUCGUCCUCGACAGGAACUACUUUGUCUCCCUGCCGGCGCACAUUGGAAACCUGAGCAAGCUGGAGAUCUUCAGCAUCGCCAACAACUCGGUCGGCGAGCUGCCGGCGACCAUCGGGUGCCUGACCGAGCUGCGCAUGCUCGACGUCCGCGGCAACAACAUGAAGAAGCUGCCGAUGGAGCUGUGGUGGGCCAACAAGCUCGAGACGCUGAAUGCCUCGUCCAACGUCCUGGACAACUUUCCCAAGCCGGCGUCGCGCCAGCCGCGCCUCGGCGGCGAGGAGCAGCCGCAGGGCGCCCUCAACGGCAAGGGCGCGGCGGCGCCGGGCAUGCUCGCCCAGGCGUCGGGGUCCGACGACUCGGACUCGUCGAGGCGGCCCAGCGGCGGCGCGUCCUCGACGACGCUGCUCAGCGUCGGCCCCUCGCCCGUGCCGCCCGGCCCGGACCGCAAGAGCUCCGUCGUGUCCAUCUACGGCAAGGGCGGCAGGAAGACGUCGGUCAUGUCCCGAUCGACCUCGCAGGGCACCGUCCCGCCGCCGCCGCCCGUCGUCGGCACGAGGAAAGACUCGGGGCUCUCGGCCCGGCUCCAGAGCACGUUCGCGGGCUCCCUGCGCAACCUGUAUCUGGCCGACAACCAGCUCGACGACGAGGCGUUUGACCAGAUCACCAUGCUCAACGAGCUGCGCGUGCUCAACCUCUCCUACAACGACAUUGGCGACAUGCCGCAGCGGUCCAUUAAGGCGUGGCCGCAGCUCGUCGAGCUGUACCUGUCCGGCAACGAGCUGACGACGCUGCCGGCGGACGACCUCGAGGACAGCAGCCUCCUGCAGGUGCUGCACAUCAACGGCAACAAGUUCACCAAUCUGCCGGCCGACAUAUCGCGGGCUAAGAAACUCACGGUGCUGGACUGCGGCAACAACUCGCUCAAGUACAACAUUGCCAACGUGCCCUACGACUGGAACUGGAACCUGAACCCCAAGCUGCGGUACCUCAACCUGUCGGGCAACAAGCGCCUCGAGAUCAAGCAGACGGUCGUCGGGCCGGGCGCCGCCAGCCGCGAGCAGCUCGCAGAUUUCAAUAGGCUGCAGAACCUGCGCGUGCUCGGUCUGAUGGACGUCACGCUGACGCAGCCCACGAUUCCCGACCAGAGCGACGACCGCCGUGUGCGCACGUCCGGCUCCCUCGCCGGCCACCUGCCGUACGGCAUGGCCGACACGCUCGGCAAGAACGAGCACCUGUCGACCGUCGAUCUCGUCGUGCCGCGCUUCAACUCGUCCGACACGGAGACGCUGCUCGGUCUGUUCGACGGGCAAGCGCUGACCACGGGCGGGUCCAAGAUUGCCAAGUACCUUCACGAGAACUUUGGCCACAUCUUUGCGCACGAGCUCAAGCAGCUCAAGCCGCGCCUGCAGGAGACGCCCGCCGACGCGCUCCGGCGGGCCUUCCUCUCGCUGAACAAGGACCUCGUCACCGUGGCGACCCAGCACAGCGAGGACAGGCCCGUCACCACCGGACCGGGGCCUAAGGUGGCCGCGCAGCCCGUGGUGCUGAGCAAGGAGGAUCUCAACUCGGGCGGCGUCGCGACGGUCGUGUACCUGCAGGGCACCGAACUGUUCGUCGCCAACGUCGGCGACGCGCAGGCCAUGCUCAUCCAGACCGACGGCUCGCACAAGAUCCUGACGCGCAAGCACGACCCCGCCGAGCCGACGGAACGCCAGCGCAUCCGGGAGGCGGGCGGCUGGGUGUCGCGCAACGGCAAGCUCAACGACCUGCUCGAGGUCUCGCGCGCCUUCGGCUACGUCGGCCUCAUGCCCUCGGUGCAGGCCGCCCCCUACGUCAGCAACGUGACGAUCCGCGAGUCGGACGACAUCAUCCUCCUCGCGACGCGCGAGCUCUGGGAGUACAUGUCGCCGGGCCUCAUCGUCGAUGUCGUCCGGUCCGAGCGCGGCGACCUCAUGCGGGCGUCGCAGAAGCUCCGCGACCUGGCCACCGCCUACGGCUCGGCCAGCAAGAUCAUGAUCAUGCUGCUCAGCGUCUCGGACCUCAAGAGGCGGAUGGAGCGCUCGAGGCUGCACCGCGGCCAGAGCAUGUCGCUGUACCCGUCCGGCGUGCCCGAAGACCUGCAGAGCCUGCCGCGCCGCGGCAAGAAGACCAAGGCCGGCGACGUGCUCGACUCGACGCUCCAGCGACUCGAGGCCGAGAUCCCCGCGCCCACGGGCCAGAUCUCCAUCGUCUUCACCGACAUCAAGAACUCGACGACGCUCUGGGAGAUGUAUCCCUCGGCCAUGCGGUCGGCGAUCAAGCUGCACAACGAGGUCAUGCGGCGCCAGCUGCGGCGCAUCGGCGGCUACGAGGUCAAGACGGAAGGCGACGCGUUCAUGGUGUCCUUCCCCACGGCGACGUCGGCGCUGCUGUGGUGCUUCGCCGUGCAGAUCUCGCUGCUCGAGGUCAACUGGCCGCCCGAGGUGCUCAACUCGGUGUCCUGCCAGCCGCUCUUCGACAAGGACAACGCGCUCAUCUUCAAGGGCCUGUCGGUGCGCAUGGGCAUACACUUUGGCGAGGCGGUCAACGAGAUGGAUCCGGUGACUAGGCGCAUGGACUACUUCGGCCCCAUGGUCAACAAGGCGUCGCGCAUCUCGGCCGUGGCCGACGGCGGCCAGAUCACCGUGUCGUCCGACUUCAUCUCGGAGGUGCAGCGGUGCCUGGAGACGUCGCAGGACACGGACCGCAACGGGUCGACGGGGUCGGACGACGCCUUUGACGACGACCAGAGCCUCGCGGCGGCGAUCCGGCGCGACCUGCGGUCCCUGAGCUCGCAGGGCUUCGAAGUCAAGGAGAUGGGCGAGCGCAAGCUCAAGGGCCUCGAGAACCCCGAGGUCGUCUACUCGCUGUACCCGCACGCGCUCAUCGGCCGCGCCGAGCAGCACCAGCAGCACGACCGCGGCAUCGAGGUCGAGAAGCCGGCGACCAUGCAGCCCGGCAGCGAGCUCGCCUUUGAUCCGGACCUCAUCUGGGGCCUCUGGCGCGUCAGCCUGCGGCUCGAGAUGCUGUGCAGCACGCUGGAGAACGAGAGCGGCCGCGCGUUGCAGGCGCCCGAGACGGAGCUGCUCGAGCGCAUGAAGCAGCGCGGCGGCGAGGUGACGGAGCGGUUCCUGCUCAACUUUAUGGAGCACCAAGUGAGCAGGGUCGAGACGUGCACCACGACGCUGGCGCUCCGGCACAUGGCCAACGGCAGGGCGCCCAUCGGGCAGCUCAACGAGCUGCGCGCGCCCAUCACCGACGUGCUCGCCCAGGUCGCCGCGCAGAUGGCCGAGCUGCAGCGCUACAAGGCGCGGUUCGGCGAGCUCCAGAGCCUCUCGGACGAGGAGGGCAGCGACACGGAGCAGGAGUAA